AUGCCUUUUCCGUCCAGUUUCCCGGCUCCUCGCGCGUGUGCUGUGGCGGUGACGCUGGCACUCAGUUCCGGUGUAUGUCCACCUCGCGCGAGUGUCACGCGCCCGACUAGACGUGUGUUUUUGGCGCAGCUCGCGAUUUCGUUUCUUUUCCCGUCGCUUUCUUUCUCGGGCGUUCGGGGCGAACUCGCCACCUCGACCUCUACUGCGUGUUCCGUCGUCACAGACGCCGCAGGGUUACCGCCAUCUUCCCGCACACACCCGCCGUCUCUGUUUCCUUCUGCGUUUGAGCGGAGCGAAGAUCUGAAACUGUCUUUGGAAGCGGCAGCGCUUUCACAGACGGAACGUUUUGCCUCGCGGGCUUCAUUAUCCGUCUCGCCUUUCCUCCGACACCUUCUUCUCUUCCGUUCCCUUCAUCUCUCGUUUCUCUCUGCCUCGCCGCUGCUGUCGCCUCCUUCGGCUCCUGCCGCUCUUCGUCGCUCAGUCAGUUCUGCAGAACAAACGGGCAGCGCCACAACAGACGGACGAGUUCCGAGAGCCGGGGGGCGAGAUCUGACGUGGGGGUCUUCUGCCUCUCUUCCUUUCCAGUCUCCUUCCGUCCCCGACCCGUCAGGCGCGCCGCUGCUGUACUUUGCCACGAACGAACGGUCGCCAGAAGCCAGCUACAGAGAAAAAGAAGAGAAAGACGAAAAGAUCGAAGAAGAGAGAGAAGCUAGGAGAGAAGACGAAGAGAGCGAGGAAGAGAUAAACUUCGACACAAGGUCUUUGGAAGGAGAGGGUGGCCACGACGUAACUGCGAGUGCAGAGAGGCAGCAGAGAGGCACCAUGGCUUGGCGCUGCUCAGGCUCAAGCAACGAUGAGCUCGUCGACAAUCUUCGAGCCUCGAAAAUCAUUCGAGACAAAAGGGUCUACGACACUAUGAAAAGCAUAGAUCGAGGGAACUUCAUCGACGUGUGCCCCUACGCAGAUAUGCCUCAGCCCCUGGGAGUGUCGUCUGCGACGAUUUCGGCUCCUCAUAUGCAUGCAUCCGCUCUCGAAGCUUUGAAAGAUCAUCUCGUUCCUGGGAAUCGGGCUCUCGACGUCGGUUCCGGUUCAGGCUACCUGACUGCUUGCAUGGCACGCAUGGUUGGUGUGAGAGGCGCAGGAAGCUCGCCAUAUCCCGACACCCCCGAAGGCGUGGCCGUUGGAAUCGAGUAUCUUCCUGAUCUGGUUAAGUAUUCUAUCAACAAAGUGAAGGCGGCGUAUCCCGACCUUCUCGCAAACCCGCAUUUCCGGCUCCGUGUCGGAGACGGAUGGAAAGGGUAUCCCGAAGAUGGUCCCUACGACGCGAUUCACGUCGGCGCAGCUGCGUCGGCGAUUCCAAAGGAACUGCUUGCUCAACUGGCGUUCGGCGGCAAAAUGGUUGUGCCUGUGGAAACGACCGCUGACGGGCGUGUGCUUUUCGAGGGAGUAGGGGAAAACGAAACCGAUAGACAGCCGAGGGGGAGAGGCUGGUUGUCGGAGCCCAACCAGGUGUUCGUGGAAGUGACCAAAGACAGCGAGGGGAACGUCCGUGUGAAGAAACUCAUGGGUGUGAUGUAUGUCCCCCUAGUCAAGCAAUCAAGCACGCAAGGAGAACGAUAA